UGACCUCAUCCCUGGUGUGGGAUGACGUCAAAUUCAAGAUGGAUGGAAUCACGACCAGCAGGCUGAAAGCUACACAACACUGAACAAAGUCCUGGCUGCGUGGAGGCGACACCGUUUUCACGACGGGACGGCCAUGGAGAGCCUCGUGCAUUACAGCAACCCCUCCCAUGCCCUCUCAGUGUUGGGGGUUCUCAACGAGCAGCGGCUGCGGGGCCAGAUGUGUGACGUGGUCCUGGUGGUGGCGGACCAGAGGUACCAGGCCCAUAAGAGCGUCCUCGCUGCCAGCAGCGAGUAUUUCCAGUCUCUUUUCACGCGGAUGGAUGGAGACUCGCUGAGAGUGGUGAACCUGGACUUCUGCGAACCCGACGCCUUCGAGAUCGUUCUGAAUUACAUUUACUCCUCCUCGCUGUUUGUGGACAAAGGCAGCCUGGCAGCCAUUCAGGAGCUCGGCUACAGCCUCGGAAUCCCAUUUCUUACAAACAUUGUGUCGGCGAGGCCGCACGCGUCCUACUGCGUGUCCAGGAAGAGGCUCUCGUACUCGGAGGGGGACGAGAACGAUGUCCAGACAAGGAGCGUUAUUGUGUGCCGGGUCCAGAACAACGCAGCCCACCCCGCUCACUCAAAUCAGGGACAAACAUCAGAGAGAUCUCCAUCUCCUUAUUCUCCUCGAGGCGUGGCUCGGCUUCCAUCGGAACGCAACUCACACCUGCCUGUCAGAACCGAGUCCAGCAGGAAGUCACCAGAGCGGAACAAAGCCCCCGACAGGAAGCCCAGCCACCCGUUUUCCACCAUACUGAAAGGAAACUCGUCACACGUUGCCUCUGUCAGGCCUCAGCUGACCUCAUCGGUGUCUUUCAGUGACGCCGACGUGCAGCCCAUCAGGCUGCCGUCCGGUUCUGACCAGGAAACCAAAGAUGAGCACCAAGAGCUCCACCACCGCUACCGUAAUAACGUUCCCUUCCAGGGUCCGGCCAGAGAACUGAGCCAGGCCCCCGACCGGAGCGGCCCGCUCAUAAAAAGCCUCCUCCGGAGAUCCCUGUCCAUGGACAGCCCCGUUCCAGUUUUCUCCCCGACGCUGGAGCUCAAAGACCUCCAGAACCGAGAACAAUCAGUCGUCAAAAUGGCCUCGAAGGCUGACACCUUCGCCCACAACGGCAACUCAGCCAGAGCGUCGCCGUUGGUCCUGAGGCCCAAGCAUCUCAACAGGUAUGACAAAGAAACUCAGGUAGAAGGAGACGUCAGCGUGAAGGCUGAGCCCAGCAGUCCCCUGGCCGACCCCAUGGACAUAGUUCGGAUCACGGUCGGCGACGCGCUGCCAGUGAACCUCAAAGACUUCCAGACAAAUUACAGCCAGGGCUGCAGGCCAGAGCUUAGUCUUCCAGGGAAGAGGAAGGACCGGCCCGACAACAGGAGGUACCCGUUUAAAAAAAGCAAAGUAUUCAAGGAGCACGCUGCCUCACAGGAGACAGACGCGUCACGGGCUGAGGCGCCGCAGGCCAACAGCGACCCCGGUGAGAACGACGAGGAGCCGUCUCCCAACAAGGUUUUUAAAUGCUGGAACUGCCUGAAGGUUUUCCGCUCCAGCGCCGGCCUGCAUCGGCACGUCAACAUGUACCACAACCCAGAGAAGCCGUACGCCUGCGACAUCUGCCACAAGCGCUUCCACACCAACUUCAAAGUGUGGACCCACUGCCAAACCCAGCACGGCGUGGUCCAGAACCCGGCAUCGUCCUCCAGCUCGUCCGUGCUGGACGAGAAGUUCCAGAAGAAGCUGAUAGACAUCGUGCGAGAGCGAGAAAUCAAGAAGGCUCUGCUCUGGAAGCUGAAGAGGAACAAGCAGGGUCUUCAGUCCCCUUCCCUGGCCAAAAAGAGGGCGCGGUCCAGCUUCGUGUGUCCCUACUGCGGCAAACAGUUCGGCUUCCAGUCCCAGUACAGGCAGCAUUUAAGGACGCAUCCGGCGGAAAAGCCCGGCCAGGACACGGGGACAGAGGGCGUCCCCUACCCGGAGCAGGACGAGAUCCUUCAACAGAGCAGCCCCGACGCCGGCGUUUACUCCUGCAGGCUCUGUAACGUCAGGCUGUCGUCGCUGGCUGAGCAGGGCGACCACGAGAGAGGCUGCCGACACGCCACCGUGUGCCCCUACUGCGGCCUGCGCUUCUCCAGCCCGCUCGUCAAGAAGGACCACGAGGCCCACUGCAGGUACAAGAAGCUGACGUGCCUGGAAUGCAUGCGCACCUUCAAAUCCUCCUUCAGCAUAUGGCGCCACCAGGUGGAGGUCCACAACCAGAACAUGAUGACGGGUAAGAACCAGGCUCACCUGAAGCCCCCAGAGAACGACGACGAGGCGGCGGACCCGCUCAGAGAGGAGCCGUACGGCGAGGAGCCGUCAGCCCCAGGGGCCUUCCCAGAGAACAUCAGCUACAGCGACUCGUCGGGUCCACCCCUGUACGACUCGGAGGACUCCUCGUCCUAUGUGCCCGAGGACCUGAGCAUGGGCCACCACGGCAGGCUGGUGGUGAAGGAGGAGCCCCUGGAGGAGGCGGUGAGCGAGAGGGACGGCUCAGAGGCCGGCAAAGUUGGACCCGAGGAACCCGGGGUGUGGCCGUGCGAGAAAUGUGGCAAUCUGUUCAGCUCCCGCAAAGACCUGGAGCGACACCAGGAGCUGCUGUGCCACAUCAAGCCCUUCAUCUGCCACAUCUGCAACAAGGCGUUCAGGACCAACUUCCGCCUCUGGAGCCACUUCCAGUCCCACAUGUCGACUGGCGGCGAAGCCGGGGCCAAAGACACCAACAUGCACGCUCCUCCCCUGUCCCCCUCCCCGCCCCUGACUCCCCAGAACCCCGAGCGCCGCUCGCCACAAGCCUCCGUGCUCCGAUCUCCUCAGGCACCAGCAGCAGCGACCAUCCCGGAGGAGUCGAGCAGCCCAGAGCCCUUAGCGGCGAGCCAGCCGGACCGGACGGCGGGGGAGCCCGCCGGCCACGGCCCUCUGUCCAGAUCGAACAGCACGGAGAGCCCGGGCGGCGGCCACGAGCCGGACACGCUCUUCUACCACGCGCCCUCGCUGUCCGCGCUCACCUUCAAGCGCCAGUACAUGUGCAAGCUGUGCCACAGGACCUUCAAGACGGCGUUCAGCCUGUGGAGCCACGAGCAGAGCCACAGCCACAUGUAGCGCUGCCGGAGCGGCCUUCCCCCGGACACGAGCACGUCAGCGCACAGACGGCACACUCCGAAUGUAAACCUCCACCCGUAGAUCUCAGAGGCGCCAUGUUGGUUUAGAGGUGUAAACAUGAAUGUGCAAUCAAGUGCUAGAUUCCUCUGUGAGAUGAUUAUAAAAGCAGUUACUUCUUUGAAAACGGUGUACAAGAAUAUAUCUUUUCAACAUCUUUAGUUGUUUGUAUUUAACUGUGUUUAGUGGAGUGAACAAGGUCCAGAGUAGCCGCGCUGUAGACGGCGGCGGACCUUGUUCUUUCAGAGCAAGGCGGAGAAGUGCUUUAAGGUUUCCAAGCUGCUGUUUCAGUGAAUAUUUACGCUUUUGCAUUGUUUUUUUUUCCUUUGUUGUUGUUGCCGUGAGUGGCGUCCCUUAAAAAUACUAUUGGUGGCCUCAAAGAUAUAAUCAAUAUGCACUUUGUUCAGAAGCUUAGCGCUGUUACAGGACGACGUGGAAGCCACUGCUUCAGACCAUUCAGUUCGAUGGAGUAAAAACGUUAAGUUGAAAAAGAUGUUUCCUGCCAACCCCGAGUCUCCUACUGCCUUCUGAGUAUUUAAUGAACUCACUGGGUAAGACCUGAGGUCUUAGAAAACCACAUCCAGCACAUAUCUGUCUCUGUGGCAGACCUGAAAUGUAGUUUUUCUAAUAGUCCCAUAAAUGAUGCUCACUGGUGUACAUACAUUUAAAAUGGCUCAAUACAAAUAUUGAUGGGGUGCUUUUCUAGAUGAUGAUUACAACAACUACAGAAACUCCAACCAAUUUGCACCAUUCAAGUGUUUAAUUGUCUAUAAUGAGCUGUUAUGUCAUUUUCCCUCCCAGAUAAAGAUGUAGAAAACGCCUUCAUUAAACUCACCCUUUCACUGCAGCAGCGCUCUGAGCAAUCCAACCUGUAAUGUGAGUGUGUCCAGUGGAGAGACAACUGGACACAGGGUCCCUGUCAGGGAAUCAGGGCUUUUAACCAGAUCACAGCUGUCAGGAGUCCUGGUGCCAACAGUAGGACAGAAUUUUCACUUUAACAUUUUCUUUAAGGUGGGAGCAUGCAGAGAGGGGGUCUUUGCACGGUGUCUCCCUCUCCUCCGGUGUCCUGGGUCCUCUGAGCCCUCUCCCCUUUGGCUCACUCCCAGGGACUUCUGCAGGGUUUAGGUCCAGGAGCUGAGGCGGCCGUGGAAGAAGGUGGACUUGUGUAUCUGGUGAACAAAUUUCAGCGUCCGAGGCGCUCCAGUAAGGCUAUUUGCAGAGAUAUAAGCCCCAAGCAUCACAGGUCUUCCGCCGUGCUUAACAGUGCAUCCUCAGCAGGAGCUGAGGGGGUUCUGGCCACGUUCCUCCUUCGUUUCACACCAGACCUACCUCAAAGCGUUUGCUGCUGAACAGCUGAGUCAUGAGACAGGCGCCUCUUGUCUAGUUAAAAGCCAGAGCAGCAGAAAGUCAAGGAUUACUAAUUAUAUGUUCCUUCAGACUCCCCAGUAUGACGUGUGCAUUUAAAAAUGCUUCGGCUACAGAGUUUCUUUUUUUCUUCCAAGGAUUUUAGGGGUACUAGUAAGUGAGCUUUUAACAUGAAUUUUAUUUCCAGCUCAAUAAAUGUGCUCAAUUUAAAAUUUAGAUUUUGCUGCUGCUGCAGAAACAUGUGUAUAUCUGAAGGCUUUUCCCACACCUUUACCAGGGCUGCCAAUAACUGCACAGCAAAAAGGAAACUAAAAGUGAGUAAGGUUUUCUGGAAAUCAGUGUAGUUGUCCUUGAUCUGAGCAGGCAAGUUAAACGAUCUGCCACUGGAGCAGGAGGUUUGCACUUACUCAUCUCCAUCAGCUUAUUUCUCUUCUUUUAUGGGUCAGAACACUCAUUCCAUUGGCAGAUAAUCUUAUUUAGCUGCUCAAACCAAGGACAAAUACACUCAUUUCAAGAACAUUUUCCUUUUGGUUUCCUUUUAGCAGUGUGGUCUCUGCAUCUGUAGAAAACAGCAGCCAGUCAGGACUAAAAGAUCAGGCAGUGCUGAACGCCGUUUGUGGCUCUGUCACCGUUCUUCAGCGGCUCAUCUUUCAGUCGUGCAUCUCUUUUCUGUUCCUCAGCACCUUUCGCUUAGCGGAUCGUUGGAGCCUUCAGAACCACUGCCACAUAGACAACCACGAGCUGAUGGGUUCGCUCCUGCUUCACCGUGCUUUGACGGCCUUAUGCAGUGAUUUUCUCUUUUGUUUUUUAUCUUAAGUUUGCAUAAAAGCACAAAUAAUUUUCAGAGGACUUGUGACUCAGGCAUUUUAAUGUGGUAAAUCAGAUUUAUGGAGAAGAUGAUUAUGAUUGUAUUCCAGUGGUUUUGCAGUUGUAUUCUUGUAAAAGUAUAUAUUCCUCCUUUGGCUUGGUAAAUCUUUGUCAUAAUUUAUUCUGACUGCUGCCAUUUAGGGGAAGUCAAAGCGGAGCGUUUUUCUUUUUUAAGGAUGGGCUAAAAGCUGCAUAGUGACGUCCUGCAGAAUGUCUGUAUUGCUACUAGUGCUCUUAAUACCUUGUGAGAAAAAAAAAAUCACAGACAUGAUUAGACUCGUGUAAAUGGAAGUGUUUGUAUUCUCAAUUUUGUACCAUUUUGAGUUUUUUUGUUAGCAAACAGAAGUUUGAUCUUUUUACUCCUCCUGUGCUCUCACUGCAAUAAUGGAUAUUUGUAUCAGCAUCGGUUGCAUACUUGUUGCUUUUGGAGACUUUUGUGUUGAGGUUUUCUACGUUUACUCUGUGCUACACUUCUGUAAUAAAGAGUAACGGUGGAGUCUAGAUGCGG